AUGGCCGACUCCAAGAUGCAGUACAAGAUCAUGGCCAGGCGCCCUGGGGACCUCACACAAGCGUUCUCGGUAUCAAGCGGGUGGUCCAAGCUUGGGAUUGAGGCCAACGAACGCGUUCUGUCUUGUUUCCAAGGAAAUGAGCAACUGGGUCACAGGUUCUUUGUGACGUUGGCCCCAAUGUCGGCGUUCAAAUUCAGAUUGGAAGAGACAACUGCUCAGGGCAUCGUGGCCAUCAGAGAGAAGACCCGGGAGGUGAUGCUGGCCAAGCCUGUGAGGGGUCCAUUGAUCACUGUGGACUUGACCUCACCAGUCGGUGGAGAAAUGAACUACACCUUCACAUACACGUUCAGUGGCAGUUUGGCUGGCAGUGGGCAGAUCAAGGACGACCAGACCAUGGCAGCAUUGUGGGGCAAAAUGCGACAUCAUUUGACGAACAUGAGGCUGCACACUGAGCUUGACAUCUCGGCAACCUAUCUCUCGUACAUGGAGAAGCAAGUCAAGAGCAGCAACACAAAGAUCACCACGAUGAUGGCCAAGUCCAAUGAACCUGAGCCGGAACCUGCACCAAAGCCAGCUGCCAAGAGCAAUGUGUUGAAGAGGCCAGCUGGCAAGGCUGUGAUGAAGUUGCUAAUCAACUCACUCGAUGAGACAGCGAAGUUCCUCCAAGCACAGAAGGACCUCGACUGCUUCUCGCAGGUCCUAGAUCAGCAAUGCCAGGCGCUUCUAAGAAAGUGCCAGAUGCUACCGGCUCUUUCUGCAGGUGACGCAGCAGAGCUUAUCGACAAUGUCAAGGAGAAGUUGAGCGGGCUGGCAAAGGUAAGCCCACUGGUCCUUGCGAUCAGUGCCAAAGUGCUGCAGGGAACAGCACCGGCCACGACAGAAAAGAGGAACAAACAAACCAUUACGAACUUCGCAGCGUACCUGACGCAGAAGGAUGCUGAUACCCUUCAAAACAAGCAGGUGAGCACAUACACCAAGCUGGACGCAGUGGCUGUCCGCAUGAUCCGGUUGGGGAUCGAUGUGCCGACCGAAGUCAGCGUGGGCCAUAUCCUCAAGGUGUGUGGUGACCUGGGCUUGGAGCUGGGCACGCACAAAGAGAAUUUGCAGUUGCUCGACCAGUUGAAGUCUCUCUUCAAAUCGAAAGCAAGGAAAGCCAAGCCGGAUGUCAGCAAACGAGCUCACAUUGUGAUCUACCCAGACCUGCCUUCUGAGGCCAUGAUUCAAGAGUGCUAUGAUGCUGACGAUCCUCCCCUGCAAAGGGCCACCCGUAGCGUUGGGACUUUGGGUUGCUUGAGGAAAAGCUCCAGCAAGACCAAACCUGCAGGAGCAGCUUUGGUUCCCAUGCCUGCGCCUGCCACGCUGUCGCCUACCAUGCCAUCAGGCGGUGUAGCUUCUGCCAUGCAACAAGCUAUGGCUCAACAAGCUAUGGGUUUUACGGGCAUGGAUGCGAUGGCACAGCAGGAUACCGGUCCUGCAGGCCUGAAGAUCUUCGCAGGCAACAAGACCGAGUUGAAUCAGGUAACUCCAAGCCGUUCACCCACUGCUCCGUCAAGUGCAUCUUCACCGCCUGCUGCUGUGACACCGCAUGGUGAGUCACAAGAAGAUUCACAAGGUCAAGAGCUGCAGCUUGCCUUGCCAGAUGUUGCGAAACUGGUGCCACCAGAAGAGCAGGUUGCCGCUGUCCAAGCAGCCACACAGGGAAGACAGGUGACAAGAGCAGAAGCCAAGGAAACAGAACCAGAGAAACAUACUUCUGCAAAGGCAAAAGCAACAUGCAAAGGCAAGGCAAAAGCCAAGAGUAAGGCAAAAGGAGCAGCCAAGAGUCCGGCAAAAGGGUCUGCCAAGAGUAUGGCACAGGGAGCUGCAGCUUCGUCCAAGAGAAAGGCGAGUGAUGGCGAUGAUGCUGUGGCCCCAUCCCCCAAGGCGAAAGCCAAACCCAGUGCAAAGGCCAAAGCCGCUGCUGAGAAAAUGGUUUUCACAGAGGCAAACCGACCGCCAGUCCCAGCGCCCAAGGCAGGCACGACUUGGUACAGAAAGGGCAAGAUUCACCGCAACUCAGGAGCUUUUCGAGUUUUUUUGAGCGCUGGUGAUAGGUGUGACAAAAAAGUGAAAAUCAAAGAUGAAGACAAUUGCGAGGCUGAGUGGCAAAGAGCCCUCACACUGAUUGAUGACUCAUAUGAUGACAUUCCCAAUGCUGAUUAG